AUGCCGUCACUCACUCCCCUCCGCCCCGGUGUUUACGCGCCAACCAUGACUUUCUUCGAUCCCGUCACCGAAGAACUUGAUGUCGCCGCCAUCCGCCGCCACGCCGUUCGUCUGGCCAAGGCCGGUCUGGUCGGUCUUGUCACCAUGGGAUCCAACGGUGAAGCCGUGCACCUCACAAACGAGGAGAAGAUGACCGUCACCCGCGAGACCCGUUCCGCCCUCGACGAGGCCGGAUUCCAAAACGUCCCCGUCAUCUCCGGUGCCAGCGAGAACAGCAUCCGCGGCACCAUCAAGCUGUGCGAACAGGUCGCCGCUGCCGGCGGCGAGUACGCCCUGAUCGUGCCCCCAAGCUACUACCGCGGCGCCGUCGGCAACGACGAGACUCUGUACGAGUACUUCACAGCCGUCGCCGAUGGCUCCCCCGUCCCUCUCAUCCUCUACAACUACCCCGGUGCCGUUGCCGGUAUCGACAUGGACUCCGACCUCAUCAUCCGCAUCUCCGAGCACCCCAACAUCGUCGGCACCAAGUUCACCUGCGCCAACACCGGCAAGCUGACCCGCGUGGCCGCUGCCCUGGGUGCUAUUGUUCCUCCUUCCCCGUUGGCCCCUGCCCAGCGCACCGCGACUGUCUCCAAGCCUAACGCCAAGCACCCCUACGUUGCCUUUGGUGGUAUCGCCGAUUUCAGUCUCCAGACUCUUGUGUCUGGUGGCUCGGCUAUUCUGGCUGGCGGUGCUAAUGUCAUCCCCCGCUUGUGUGUGCGCAUCUUCAACCUCUGGUCUGAGGGCCGCCUUGCUGAGGCUAUUGAGGCGCAGCAACAGCUCAGUGCUGCUGAUUGGGUUCUUACCAAGGCUGCUAUCCCUGGCACCAAGUCUGCUAUCCAGACUUACUACGGAUAUGGUGGAUACCCUCGCCGACCUCUCGGCCGCCUCAGUGAUGCCCAGGCUAAGGAGGUUGCUGAUAAGAUCAAGCCCGCAUUGGAUGUGGAGCUGUCGUUGAAGGAUGUGGUAUAA